AUGGAAGGAUCCAGCGCGUCUAGUUUUGGAAUAGACACCAUUUUAUCCUCCGCCGGUUCUUGCAGCUCGGCGCUGGCGAUGAUGGACGGAGACUUCCGGGCGGCGGAUUUCCGGAGCCGCGCGACACCUUCGCCCUGCUCGGAUGUAGACGCGGGUGCGAGGAGCCCUUCGUCCCCGAUCUCCGUCACCGCGGACCCUCCCGAACCGCAUCCCGUGCAAGACAGUCUUCAUCAUCAUCAUCUCCAUCAUCACCAUUAUCAUCCGGUGGCCCAGAAUCCGGCAGCGUGCGCCCCGCGGACCGCCACCUCCUCUUUUUUGAUCAAGGACAUUCUGGGCGACGGGAAGCCGCUGGCAGCGUGUGCGCCCUACAGCGCGAGCCUCGCACCCUCCCCGCAGCACCAGCGGCAGCACCAUCACACUCCCAAAGCAGAGAGCGCGGACUGUCUCACCCCGAAAGCAGAGCACGACGAGCACGGAGGCAAAGCAGAAAAAAGAGAGGACAUUCACAACGACGCCAAAUGCAACGGAACAAAAGAAGAAGGUGAUCGGGAGAUCUCGAGCUCCAGAGACAGUCCUCCUGUACGCGCUAAAAAGCCGCGGAAAGCGCGAACAGCCUUUUCGGACCAUCAGCUGAACCAACUGGAGCGCAGCUUCGAGCGCCAGAAGUACCUGAGCGUGCAGGACCGCAUGGACCUGGCAGCGGCGCUCAAUCUCACCGACACACAGGUCAAGACCUGGUACCAGAACCGACGGACGAAGUGGAAGCGGCAGACGGCUGUGGGUUUGGAGCUACUGGCGGAAGCGGGCAGUUACUCGGCGCUGCAGCGGAUGUUUCCGUCACCGUAUUUCUACCCGCCGGGGCUCCUCGGGUCUGUGGACGGAACAGCGGCGGCGGCGGCGGCGGCGGCAGCAGCGAUGUACAGCAGUGUGUACCGGAACAGCGCACCGGCGCCGCAUCCCGCAGCCUCUCUGCACAGACCGCUCGUGCCGCGCGUGCUAAUUCACGGCCUGGGCGCGAGCGGGCAACCGGCGCUCAACCCGCUGGGGAACCCUGUUCCUGGCACGCCGCAUCCUCGGUAA